GCGAGGCAGCAAGAGCGCAGUGGAAGAAGGAGAGGAAGAAGAAGGGGGUUGUGGUGUGAGAUCAGAGAAUGGAGGACGAUAAAAUAGUUGGAUAUGUUACCGCGUAUCUGAAGAAGAGAGGUUUCACGCAAACCGAGAAGAUUUUCCAGGAAGAGUUUCGGCAUAACAAAACCACCAAUUCCUCCUCCAGUAAUUCCCUUCUCGAACCCGACAUUGCCAACCACCUCCUCGCAUUCUCUCAAUUGGAGAGUGGUCCGGCUAGGUUCCACGACGGCUACAGCAAACUGCGAACAUGGACUUAUUCUUCACUGGAUUUGUACAAGCACGAGUUGCUUCGCGUGCUUUAUCCCGUGUUUAUCCACUGCUUUAUGGACCUCGUGGCGAAAGGACAUGUUCAGGAAGCUCGGAAUUUCUUCAAUACUUUCCGUGAAGACCACGAAAUGAUGCACUUGCGUGACCUUCAGAAGUUAGAAGGGGUUCUUUCUCCUACCCAUCUGGAGGAAAUGGAAUUCGCUCACUCGCUUAGACAGAGCAAAUUCAACAUAAAGAUAUGUGAGUAUUCCUAUGAGCUUCUCUUGCAACAUCUACACAGUACUCAAUCCACCACUAUACUCGGUAUUAUAAAUGAGCAUAUUAACUUUCAAGUUUCCCCUGGACAACCUAGCUUAAUUUCUGAUGAUCCGGAAGCUGUUACCCUUACUGGAAGCAGCCAGGAAGCAGCAAACCGGAUAAAUCAAAAAGAAAUUCAUUGGGGGUUACUUGAAGAUUCUCUUGAAGAACGGCUAGAGAAGGCAGGGGCUUUGCUUUCAGACUCGGAAAAGGGUGAAGGGGAAACAAAAGAAGGGGAGAAUGACGAGACUAAGAAAAGAUCCAUUGAAGGAGGAAAGCAAGGUGGUUCAGUAAAAAAAGUAAAAAAGGACAAGGGUGGUAGCACAACUGGAAAGAGUGCAAAACCUGAAGCUAGUGCUGUACCUGCAGCUCCUCGAGUUAAGCCUGAACUCCCCUUACCCUUAAUGCCAACUGAGGUUGAACAGUCCAUCCUUGAAGAUUUAAGGAACCGUGUACAGCUCAGCAAUGUUGCAUUGCCGUCAGUUAGCUUUUACACAUUUAUAAAUACACAUAACAGUUUAAGCUGUUCAUCGAUAUCCCAUGACGGAUCAUUAAUUGCUGGAGGAUUUUCUGACUCAUCACUCAAGGUUUGGGAUAUGGCAAAGCUUGGACAACCGACUGCCAGUUCUCUUUUGCAGGAUGAGAAUGACACAUCACCAAAUGAUCAAAUGUUUGGGCAAGGGCUUGGGAAAAGACAGUAUACACUAUUUCAAGGUCAUUCAGGACCUGUUUAUGCAGCCUCUUUUAGUCCCGUGGGAGAUUUUAUCCUUUCAUCCUCAGCAGACGCAACAAUUCGGUUAUGGAGCACCAAACUUAAUGCCAAUCUUGUUUGUUAUAAGGGUCACAAUUACCCUGUCUGGGAUGUUCAGUUUAGUCCUGUAGGGCAUUAUUUUGCCAGCUCUUCACACGACAGAACUGCUAGGAUUUGGUCAAUGGACAGGAUACAGCCCUUAAGAAUAAUGGCAGGACACUUAUCUGAUGUUGAUUGUGUACAAUGGCAUGCCAACUGCAACUACAUUGCAACUGGUUCCAGUGACAAAACAGUUCGACUAUGGGAUGUGCAGAGCGGUGAGUGUGUCCGGGUUUUUGUUGGUCACAGGGGUAUGAUUUUGUCUUUGGCAAUGUCUCCUGAUGGUCGCUAUAUGGCAUCUGGGGAUGAAGAUGGCACGAUCAUGAUGUGGGACCUCUCUAGUGGUCGCUGUCUCACCCCUUUGAUCGGGCACACGUCUUGUGUCUGGUCCCUUGCAUUCAGUUCUGAAGGUUCAAUUCUAGCAUCUGGAUCUGCUGAUUCCACUGUAAAAUUGUGGGAUGUAAAUACGAGCACCAAGGUUUCAAGGGCUGAAGAAAAAAGUGGGAAUGCUAACAGACUUAGAUCGCUGAAAACUCUGGCAACCAAAUCAACCCCAGUUUACUCAUUGCGGUUUUCUCGAAGGAAUCUUCUUUUUGCGGCUGGAGCUCUAGCAAAAAGUGGGUAAUAUAUAUGAGUACGUCUACUAAUAGAUAGAUCAGAUCAAAGUUGUAGAAGCUGGAAUUUAUCGCCUGAAAAGCAACGCACAUCAUAGUUUUGUACUCCCUCGUGUCCUUUAUGUACGGAAUCUUCACUAGGGCUGAGAAGUUUCGUUAAAUUUUAAUGAUACUAUAUUUGUCAGUAAUCUGUAUAUUUUUUAUAGUUAAUUAUAAAUUUAUUCAGACAUUA